UCCAUGAGCUCGGAUUUCCCACAUUACAACUUCAGGAUGCCUAAUAUUGGAUUCCAGAAUCUGCCUCUCAACAUAUAUAUUGUGGUUUUUGGUACUGCUAUAUUUGUCUUCAUUCUUAGUUUACUCUUCUGUUGCUACUUGAUUAGGCUAAGACAUCAAGCACACAAAGAAUUUUAUGCCUACAAACAGGUUAUAUUAAAAGAGAAAGUAAAAGAACUAAAUUUACAUGAGCUCUGUGCAGUGUGUCUAGAAGACUUCAAGCCUCGAGAUGAGUUGGGGAUUUGUCCAUGUAAGCAUGCCUUCCACAGAAAGUGCCUUAUUAAGUGGCUGGAGGUUCGGAAAGUGUGUCCCCUAUGCAACAUGCCAGUUCUGCAACUGGCCCAGUUGCACAGUAAGCAGGACCGUGGACCCCCUCAGGGGCCCCUUCCGGGGGCAGAGAACAUUGUAUAGCUCACCACGAGGGUCAGACUAUUGUUGGAUAUGACGUCCACGUGGAGCCAGGAGGAACACACAUGGUCUCUGUGUUGGCUGCUCUCCACCUGGGGCACCAGCUGCCACUUCCUUUGCUUCGUGAAGAACUCUUGGGCCAGCCAAGCUGAGAACCUAGUCACCUGUGACAACCAAAGCACUUUGACACUACCCCCUGCAGAGAGAAGAGGAGUGGAGGAGCCUGCGGGUUUGCCUCAAGAACCUUCAUGAGGUCUCUCACUAACUCUAUUAUGCUCUGUCUCCCGGACCCUUAUCUCCAUGCCAAGCAGGAGGGAAGAGAAACAAGAGUGGUAGAGAAGGAAGCUGAGGGCAGGCCUUGAAAACCACACCCCUUCCUCUGGAUGGGUGGGCUUCUGUGCCAGCCGCACAUGCCACUGUAGCAGCAGACCCUCCCAACAGCCCCUGAGCCAAGUAAAACCAGCACAACGGCUGCCAGGGGUUGGUGAGGAGUGCCUGCAAGGCU